AUGGCGGACCACGUGUAUACUAGUCUCAGGGUCCUAUUACAAAGUAGCAGCACAGACACGGAGGGGCAGCUUGCUUCCGUGCCAGAGGAGAGCCGAGAGCUAUUCCAAGGUAGCAGCACGCCGUCGCGGCUUGCCUCCGUUCCGGAGGAGAGCACCACCGGCUUCACGGAUGCCUUCGGCCCGCCGCCCAACUCCUACCGUGACUCAAUCCGGAGCGUCAGCGUCGUCUGCUCCGACUGGCGCAUCAGAUCGACGUUCUCCCGUCAGAGCGGAUCCAGCGACUCUGGUGCCUCGAGGUCGAGGUCCAACACCUCCGGCUCCUCCAACUCAGUGUCCGUCGGCGCAGCGGACAUGGGUACCAUCAAGCUCACGAAGAUUGCUCAGAGAAUGAUCAGCGACGGCUACACGGAACGCAUGGUACAAGCAUUCCACACCGUAUCUCUCGCGCAAACAUUUGGCAAGGAUCCUUCGCUGAGGAAUUGGUUCGCCGAGCUGGACGUCGACUGGGUUCUCGAUAUAUGCCUGCAGCUCCAUCUGCAAGAGGCAUCCACGUACUCGCUCCAAGAAUUGGUCGAGAGGUGGAUCCGAGCUCUCACCAUAAUUAUUGCCACUUUAUCGACCAAAAGCUGGUCACAAGUCACAACCGUCAGCAACACCCCAGCGGCCACACGGUUUGCCACAGUGAGCGUCUCAACAAUGCUCGUCUUUGUCGUUGCCAUCAUUCAGGACCUCCAGGUUAACAGGGAGAAGCUACUAGCCAUGCUACAAAUGUAUAUCUGCUUGUGCAGUGCAUCAGAUGCCAUGUCCACAACAGGCCCGGCCCAUAGGCCGGGCAAACGGGGCGCCCGCCCUGGGCCCCCGGCCCCUUCUUGUUGUCUUGCCCCUGGGCCCCGUAUAUCUAUGGGCCGGCCCUGGUCCACAAUGCACGCGGUCUCUAAUUGGGAUGCCCAAAGCAUUUUCAAGGAGAUAGGCGACACACUAGAGGGCGAAGUGGGCAAGUUAAUGGAGUCCAUAUGCAAAACGAUGAAGCUGCUGCUGAGGUGGACACUCAUGGAGGACAUUAACUCUUGGGCCACCGAGAUUCUGGGAGGAGGAGGCGAAGUUCACAAGAACAUCCGGUUGAUGGUGGAUUAUGUAGUGUUGAUGAGGAAAGCACGUGCUUGGACGCAGUUGAACACCACACAUAGACACAGCACAGAAAAUUUUGAAGAUAUGAUAAAUCACGCGACCAAUUAUUUGGAAAAUUUGCUUCGAAAAUCGGAGCUGUGCUCAGAUCCAAGCCUCAGGUAUUUGUUCCUGCUCAACAAUUCAUAUUUCAUAGGUGAUGUGGUGUCUGAGAAACCUGUAUCUUUUAAUCCUGAGCUGUGGCGUGGACACCAAAGUGGACUUAAACUUACCCCUGAAUGUGAGAAAUACUUGGAUAGCUAUCUCGAUGUUUCUUGGGAGCGUGUGGUGUCCUAUAUACCUAAAUCGAAUUUUCAUGGACCGCUCCGUCGUUGGAUCAACACCACUUCGCUGGCUAAAUUCCAUUCAGCAUUUGAUAACACGUACCAGGCUCAGAAAUUCUGGAAGGUGCCGGAACCUCGUCUCCGGUCCUUACUGCAGGAAACUAUAAUCAAGAGAGUCAUUUCAGCUUACAACAACUACCUGAAGGAGCAUCCAGAGCUGGAAAAAUCCGUUAGUGGCAGAAGCAAUUGUCCCAAAGUCAUGGAGGAGAUGUUGGGAGACCUGUUUGAAGGAUGA